AUGGUGCUUCAGAGAGAAAUGGCCGGCGCAGCAUGUGUUGCUCAACCGACAAAUAACGACUUACAGCAACUUUACCAUGACCUUAAUUCUGCAAAAGAGCGCUCGGACCAAGAGACAAUCCGCAAAAAUGAGGCGAAGAUCAUCGAGCUCGGCGAGUGGCUUCAAAAGCAGGGCAAUGCCAAGGAGCUCGGUGAACUCGUGAAAAACGUGCGCCCGUAUUUGGGUUCGCUGAGCAAGGCCAAGGCUGCCCGCCUUGUUCGAACCCUCGUCGACUUAUUCCUUGAUAUGGAUUCAGCCAUUGGAGUGGAAGUCGAUCUGUGCAAAGAAUGCAUACAAUGGGCGAUGGAGGAGAAGCGCACAUACCUGCGGCAGGCUCUUGAAGCCCGCCUAAUGGCCCUCUACUUCGACACAAAAACUACAAGGAGUGUCUUGGCCUCGGACAGCGCCUUUACUCCGAACUGA